AUGCAGAUAUGUGGGACGUUAUGGAGGCAUUUGCCACUGCAACAUUGUGCGAUUGCUGCCCGCCAAUGCGUGUACAACCCCACCGCCAGGCUUGCUGUGAAUCGGGCCUCAAAGCUCUUCCAGAUAUUUCCCCACUAUCGCCCUAGGUGUAACCCCUUUGAAUUCGUUUGCAUGACGUGCUACUACAGGUUCCUGGACACUCUGCGACCACAGCUCCACACGAUGAGUCAGGAUUUGGCGUUCGUGGAGCAGCAGCUUAUUCGUGCCAUGGCGGAGCCACAGAUGGACCAGUCGCUGUCCCAUACAUUGGGCAGGCUGCGUGAACUCCGCGGAGUUGUUGCUAGCAUCCUGGCCAGGCACACAGCGGUAGCUGAAGCGAAUGGAGUUUGGCUCCAGCAGUCCGACAUGUUGAACUCUUCUGAAAGGGAAUUCGCCCAGUGGUUUUGGUCUCGAGAUUUCCCACUCCACAAUGCUAAGCUUAUGCCCCCUGCGGCGUCCACACUCGUUAAUCACCCGGUCGGAAACACUUCAUCAGCAAGCAGAGAUAUGGAGGGGAGCGAACCCCGCCCUGUUGAAGAGAGCAUGUCGGCAUCUGGGCAGGUGAGGUCUUCCUUCUGGUUUCAAAUUCAUCGCCAGAACGCCCGCCUCGUCCGUGCCAACGACGACGAACCCAACGAGCUCCUGAUAUCUCUGUAG